CUCUGACCCGUCAAUUGAGAGUCUCGCGAGAACGAGACCACUGAAUCCUCGAACUGGUCCAUCGAAAGAAGACGAAGGAGUAAAAAGCAAAAUGGCGUUUGACAGAGAAGGCCUAAACGUGGCCACUGGCCAUUAUUGUUUCUGUAUUUGUAUUUAGUGCAUACAUGUACGCAUAUAUGUCGUGUAGUAGAUGAAACAUUGUUAGUAAUUGUUUGUAUCCGGAUACAUUAGUGUGAGCGCACUUUAUCGCGUCUUGUGCUAGCUUAGCUUGCUAGUUAGCUUAGCUGUUAGCUGCUAACAAAGAGACGCAGACGUUAUCAACACAUCGCUAAGUAGAUAUCAAAAGUGAGUGUAAAGUGUUGUGAUUGUGUGAAAAUGUGCGAAAGAACGAUAGCAAAGUAUGAGGAGGAACUUUGUCCAACAAAAGAGGAGAAGGAGCGACAACAUCAACUACUGGACACUGUUUUCAAACAACAUCAAGUUGUGUUACACAGAACAGACGUCCAGCAGCCCCCCCACAUUAAAGAGGAAGAGGAGGAUCCACAGCCGCCCCACAUUAAAGAGGAAGAGGAGGAAGUGUGGAUCACUCAGGAGGGAGAGUGUCUUCUAGGGCAGGAGGAGGAUGAUCUCACCAAGUUUCCACUGACUGUUGUCUCUGUGAAGACUGAAGAGCAUGAAGACAAACCACCUGAGUCCUCACAGCUUCAUCACAGUCCAAACGUCCAGCAGGUGUCAGCGGGGAGUCAUGAAGAGGAGUGGCACACCAGUGUGGGACAGAAGGAGCUACAGGACCCCUCCCACAUUAAAGAGGAGCAGCUUCAUGAUGAAGAUGAAGCUCAGUCCUUACAGCUUCAUCACAGUCAAAGUGAAGAAAACAGGGGGGCGGAGCUUGUAAGUCAACACAUCACAGAAGCCGAUGGAGAACUUUGUGAAGGUAUAAAAUCAGAACCAGACAGCAUCUUUGCUCCACUGUCAGACAUGGACCACAUGAUGUCAGACUCUUCUGAUCACAGUGACCACAUCCAAAAACCUUUGAAGAGUAAAAAUUACUCUAAAGGUGAUACGAGACAUCACACUAACAACAAACACUUUGACUGCUCUGAAUGUGGGAAAUCAUUUAGAUGGAAGAGUUAUUUUACAGUGCACAUGAGAACACACACUGGAGAGAAACCUUUUACUUGCUCAGCUUGUGCUAAAAGAUUCAACACUAAGAAGGAAAUUAUAUUGCACAUGAGAACACACACAGGUGAGAAACCUUUUAGUUGCCCUGUUUGUAAGAAGAGUUUCUCCAGAAAGCAAAGCAUGACCAGACACAUGACAACACACACUGGAGAGAAACCUUUUUCUUGCUCAGCUUGUGCUAAAAGAUUCAACAUUAAGAAUGACAUGACCACACACAUGAGAACACACACAGGUGAGAAACCUUUUGCUUGCUCUGUUUGUAAGAAGAGUUUCUCCAGAAAAGAACGCAUGACCACACACAUGAGAACACACACUGGAGAGAAACCUUUUGCUUGCUCAGCUUGUGCUAAAAGAUUCAACACUAAGAAGGAAUUUAUAUUGCACAUGAGAACACACACAGGUGAGAAACCUUUUACUUGCCCUGUUUGUAAGAAGAGUUUCUCUAGAAAGCAAAGCAUGACCAGACACAUGAGAACACACACUGGAGAGUAACCUUUUCUUGCUCAGCUUGUGCUAAAAGAUUCAACACUAAGAAGGAAAUAAACUUCCGGUUCCUAGGACAUGCUCAGCUUGUGCUAAAAUAUUCAACACUAAGAAGGAAAUAACAAACUUCCGGUUCCUUGGACACAUGAGAACACACACUGGAGAGUAACCUUUUCUUGCUCAGCUUGUGCUAAAAGAUUCAACACUAAGAAGGAAAUGAUAUUGCACAUGAGAACACACACAGGUGAGAAAACUUUUACUUGCUCUGUUUGUAAGGAGAGUUUCUCCACAAAGCGAACACACAAUGGAGAGAAACUGUUUAGUUGCACUGUGUGUGAUAAGAUGUUCCGGUUCAAGCAGCAGGUCAGUAAACACAAGUGUGUAACAGUCAUGGAAGCUGCAGAGAUUUAAAAACACUUAAACAGUGAUUGUGCUAAAUUAUACUUUAAAUACACAGCAUGUUUAAUAUGAAUGUAUAUUUGAUGUUGUAUGUAGUGCUUCUCAUCUUCUAGUCUUAUAUGUUGUCCUGUAGUUACUUUGUAAGUUGUGUGCACGUAUUUAUAUUAUAUAUGUAGCUACUAUUUUAUUUUAUUUUAUUUUCUCAUUGUUUAAAGAGAGGGCAUGUUAUUUAAAUUUUAUUUUUUUGUGUGUGCUAUAAAAUCACACAUUUUUUCGAUUGCAUUUUAUUGAUGUUAUUAUCCAAUUAAAAGUAUGAAUGAAUAAAAGGUUAACAAAAUGUGGACUCUGGUAGAUUAGCAGCAUUGUUACAUCAUGGAUGUUAACUACUGCAAAACAUCAACAAAGAAGAAAAAGGCCGAAGUUAGCAACACAUCACUGAAAUUUAGAGCCAUCGUGAGUGGAGUUGGUUGUUUUUAUUGCUGCAUUUUUACUUAUUUCACCUCACAUCUUCACUUUUAAUCCUAAAUUCUUCUUCAAAUAUAUUGUUGUAGGCUUCUAAGAUUUAUGUUUCUGGUGUGUGUGUAGUCUGUGGAAAGGAUUGUUGUCCCCUGUGGAUCCAAUUGUUCACUUGCACAGAUACAUCUUCAUCAUCAUCAUCAUCACUGGAUACUACUGGACGAAACCUUAGCAUUAAUGUUUUAAUAUAAGUGUGACCUCAUUAUUCCUUGAUAACAGGACUAAAAAUACAUAUUUAAACACUGUAUUAGAGUGCCUCUUGUAGUACUCCAACUCGCCACACUGAGAAGUGGGGGCGAUCGUGAGCUAGCAGAUGCAUGUUGCUAUCAUGUUUUAUCAGCGAGGAAGACAGCAUUUGUGUUUACUUUUUUGUCAGAUUCAAGUUGUAUUGCUCUGCUGAAUAAAUGAAUCACUAUGGCUGCCAAUAUGGAGGAUUAUAUAUAUAUUUAAGAACAAAUACUUCUCUUAGCAGGUAGAAAAAUGACACCACA